GCUAUUUUUGGUAUUCUUGGUGUGUCAUUUGUGUGGGAGUUAUCUUGGCUGUUUUUCUCUUUGACCAACUGUCAGUCCAUACAAUGGAAGUCAAUACAAUGCCAAAGUUGUUGGUAUAUACUCUUAUCAUAAAGGCCCUCUUCUCUCUCCUCCUCCUCAUGUCAGGUGAUGUUGAACUCAACCCAGGACCUGGAAUCCCAAAGGAGAUACUACAGAAAUACUCAGCUAAGCUAACCAAGGCAAUAUCAGCUAAUGUUGGUGAUGUAGCUAAAGCAUUGUUUGCCAAGGAUCUAAUAACACAAGGGACUGGAGAAUAUGUAGUGACAGCAGCUAAUCCUGAUAAAGCUGAUAGAGUAAUGACUGAUGUCAUGGGUCAGUUAGAAGCUUUUUUUGAUGAAAGACAGUAUUUAACUGAUGUGUGUAAUAUUUUGAUUCAGCAAGGUGCAGCAAUGAAACAGAUAGGAAAUUUUAUGCUUACAGAACUAGGAGAAGACACUGCUACUGUCCAUCCUCCUCAAAGUGGAGCUAGUUUUGCUAGUGAAACUGGUACACCAAACACUCCCACUUCUAAUGAUGAGUCAACUUCUCCUACAAAACAAAGUACUCCACAAAGAAGUGUAUCUGAUACAGGAAGCACUGGCUCUCAUCAAGAAGCUAAAAGUCCUAGCAAGGAGCUGAAUAAUGCUGUAGUCACAAAAAUAUUCUAUACUUCUGCUGACCAUUACAGACUGAUAGGGACUGGAUUGGGUGUAAAAGUGUCUGAUCUGAAAGACACAGCAAUGAAUAACCUUAUUACAGUAAUUGAGAGGUGGUUUGAAGCCAAUGAAAAUGUCAGUUGGGAUGCUUUAAAAGAACUUUGUGAUGACUAUCCUGAUGAACUGGGCAAAGCAAAGGCUAAGCUAGAUAAAUUACUUUCAAAAACGGGAGAGAAUGCAAGUAAUUUUGAUGAUCUAAUAGAACCAGGAAGGGAUACUAAAUAUGAAGGAUACUUAUUUUAUGAGGAGAAAGCCGAUUUAAAUGAAUAUGUAGCAACAUUUACUGUAACUAAAGAUGAAGACACACUCGAUGAUUAUGCUGAAAGGAAGCACCCUGGAGCUGUGAUAUGUCUACCUAUCACCUUUAGAUUUGUCCAGCAAGACUCUUCACUUACAUCAAGAGGCGAUUAUAUUGAAUUACAGUUUGAUACUCCACAAGAUGAACCAACCACUGGAUGGAUUAUUAAACCUCACACAGUACCUUGUAGAAUAUAUAGAAGUGAUGUUGAUAAGGUUGGUACACCUGGUUAUCCUGACCCUCCUUCCUGCAGUAUAUCAGUACAUGCUACACCUGAUGCUGUUCUUAGACUACAUUAUACUAUACCAGUGGAAGGUAUGGUUAAACGUUAUACAUUGGACAUUAGAAGGACAUUGAGAAGAGGUCCUCUCUUAGACAUUAAUGAUUUACAGUAUCUACUUGACACAUUGAAUGAAACUCGCUUCUCACAGACGGAAUGGAACCGUCUUGGUGAUGCUUUAGGAUUAUAUGGUUCUACACUGAAGGCUAUUGAGGCUGAGUAUCCUGGAGAUGAACAAGGAUGUCUGCAGUGUCUAGUGAAAUGGCUAGAGAGAGCUGAUUGUGUUGAUGACAAAGGAGGUCCAACAAUGUUCUCUCUAUCUGAUGCUCUUGAGGACAUUGGUGAGAAAGCAGCAGCUAAAUAUAUCAGAAAGAUUAUUAUUAAUAAAGAGUCUCCAGAGUUACACCACUAUCGUGAAGCACUUAAGACUAUUGUGAAGUGUCAUCUCACCAAAGCAGUAGUUCAAGGAGAAGCUCGUGUUGGUAAAACAUGUUUCAAGUCACUUCUACUGGAUGAAAAGUACGUCAAAGCAAGUACCGGUAUUGCUGAGCCAAGAGUUGGUAUCUACUGCUACAGACGAGACACUGGGAAACGAUACAAGCUAUUGGAUGUCACAGAGUUAGAAGAAAUUGUUAAGAAUGCUUUGAAAAAAGAUGCAGUAGAAAAAUUGACCAAUUCUCCAGUAGAAAAUCAGGUCAGUGAAGGUAUCAAUGAAAAGAAACCAACCAGAGGAAAUGAAACAGCUGACGAGACUGACGAUGGAUUUGUUGAUGAAUAUGAAGCCACCGAUAGACCUGGUAAUGGAGAUGGAGUGCCUCGAGAUGGAAAGGAAAGUUCGCUGAGUAAAGAAGUAGAGAAAGUACUUGAUGAAGUGCGACAGUGUUCAGGGAAGGAGAAUCGUCUUGAAGGUGCUCAAUGGCUAUACCUCGUUGAUACAGGAGGUCAAAUUGCUUUUCAAAAGUUGCUUCCAAUUUUUAUGCCAUUCGCUCAAGUUCUUAUUCUGGUUGUUAAUAUUUCAAAAGAGCUGUCUAGCAGCUCGACUGCAGUGAUGCACAUUGAAGGUGAGGAUCACAGUGAUGGGAGUCCAUCCAGAUUGACGGUCGAAGAAGUUUUGAAGCAAAUAAUUUCUUCAAUAGCUUCUGGGAUGCAGCAUUUCAGGGAUAGCUAUAAAGAUCAUGAAGUUCUACGAGAUUUAGUUCCAGAGAAAUUGCAGAUUCUCACAAUUGGUACACAUGGAGAUGAAUGCAGUGAUGUAGCAAAGUCCACCCACACUUUGGAAGAAAAAUUGGCAGAAAUAAUCAAAGGAAAUCAUGAUUGUGAGUCAAUUGAAGCUAAUCAUGUAGUUCGUUUAUUGGAAAUUGAUGGUCGCAUUGCUAGUGCAGCUGUUGAAGAAAGAGAAAAUGAGGAAAAUUUUAAGAACAUGAAGAUUUCUUUGGAUGAAGUAGAUAAGAUCUUAACGAAAGGUGAUGAAGGAAUCAACAUUCCAUUUUAUUACUACUUCUUUGAUAUCGUACUUCGUGUUGCAGCAAAAGAGGGAUGUGGUGUCUUGCAAUUAUCCACCUGCGAAAGUUUUGGGAAAGAUUUAAAACUUGAAGAAAAGGAAGUGAUGGAAUCCCUUAAUUUCUUGCAUCAUAUCAACAGUAUCAUUUAUUAUCAUGAUUCGAAAGCCUGCAAAGACCUGGUGUUUGUUAACAUAGGCAGUCUCAUUGGCAUUCUCAAGCAGUUGGUCAGGCAUGUUCAUAUUGUUCACUCCAAAGCAAGAAAAUAUGCUGGAGAUGAUGACGUUAUAAAGGGGAUCCUUUCAGCAGCCAAGUUUAAAGAGAUUUGUAAAGAACAACUUGACCCAAUCACAGAAAAGCUAAAAGGCACAGGCCCUCGUGUAGCUAUGCCACUGCCUACUGGUACACCAAACACUCCCACUUCUAAUGAUGAGUCAACUUCUCCUACAAAACAAAGUAUUCCACAAAGAAGUGUAUCUGAUACAGGAAGCACUGGCUCUCAUCAAGAAGCUAAAAGUCCUAGCAAGGAGCUGAAUAAUGCUGUAGUCACAAAAAUAUUCUAUACUUCUGCUGACCAUUACAGACUGAUAGGGACUGGAUUGGGUGUAAAAGUGUCUGAUCUGAAAGACACAGCAAUGAAUAACCUUAUUACAGUAAUUGAGAGGUGGUUUGAAGUCAAUGAAAAUGUCAGUUGGGAUGCUUUAAAAGAACUUUGUGAUGACUAUCCUGAUGAACUGGGCAAAGCAAAGGCUAAGCUAGAUAAAUUACUUUCAAAAAUGGGAGAGAAUGCAAGUAAUUUUGAUGAUCUAAUAGAACCAGGAAGGGAUACUAAAUAUGAAGGAUACUUAUUUUAUGAGGAGAAAGCCGAUUUAAAUGAAUAUGUAGCAACAUUUACUGUAACUAAAGACGAAGACACACUCGAUGAUUAUGCUGAAAGGAAGCACCCUGGAGCUGUGAUAUGUCUACCUAUCACCUUUAGAUUUGUCCAGCAAGACUCUUCACUUACAUCAAGAGGCGAUUAUAUUGAAUUACAGUUUGAUACUCCACAAGAUGAACCAACCACUGGAUGGAUUAUUAAACCUCACACAGUACCUUGUAGAAUAUAUAGAAGUGAUGUUGAUAAGGUUGGUACACCUGGCUAUCCUGACCCUCCUUCCUGCAGUAUAUCAGUACAUGCUACACCUGAUGCUGUUCUUAGACUACAUUAUACUAUACCAGUGGAAGGUCCUCUCUUAGACAUUAAUGAUUUACAGUAUCUACUUGACACAUUGAAUGAAACUCACUUCUCACAGACGGAAUGGAACCCCCUUGGUGAUGCUUUAGGAUUAUAUGGUUCUACACUGAAGGCUAUUGAGGCUGAGUAUCCUGGAGAUGAACAAGGAUGUCUGCAGUGUCUAGUGAAAUGGCUAGAGAGAGCUGAUUGUGUUGAUGACAAAGGAGGUCCAACAAUGUUCUCUCUAUCUGAUGCUCUUGAGGACAUUGGUGAGAAAGCAGCAGCUAAUUAUAUCAGAAAGAUUAUUAUUAAUAAAGAGUCUCCAGAGUUAUGUCACUAUCGUGAAGCACUUAAGACUAUCGUGACUUGUCAUCUCACCAAAGCAGUAGUUCAAGGAGAAGCUCGUGUUGGUAAAACAUGUUUCAAGUCACUUCUACUGGAUGAAAA